AUGGCAGAUGGUAAAUGUACCAAGUAUUACCCUAAAUCAUUCAGAGAAAAGACCUCAUUAUCUGUUGGUCGUAAUACGAGAUCUGAAUAUAGAAGACCUGCCGAUGGUAGAGAGAUUUUUGUAGCUAAGUGGAACCGCCCCAUCACAAAUCGGAGAGUGGUACCUUAUAAUCCUUAUGCUUUGGCCAAAUAUCAAUGCCAUAUUAACUUUGAAGCCGUAGGUUCCCUACAAACCAUCAUAUAUCUGCAUAAAUAUAUCAAUAAAGGGCCAGAUAAUAUUACUCUCUAUGUAGAUGAGGAAAACACGAAUACAAGAGAGGGUCAACGCAUCGAUGAGAUACAACAAUACAUCGAUAGCAGAUAUGUCAGUGGUAUGGAGGCAACGUGGAGAACGUUCCAAUUCAGAAUGCAUGGUCGCUCUCAUUCUGUAUUGGUUUUGCCGGUGCAUUUACCAGGAGAAAGGGAAAUCAUUUACAACGAAGAUGAUGAUGUCGGAGAAAUCCAACAAAGACUUGAAAAACCUUCCAAAUUAGAGGCAUGGUUUACGUUAAACAGAUCAGACGUAAACGCAAGAAAAUACAAAUAUGCCGAAAUCCCUGAGCAUUAUGUAUGGGAUAAUAAAAAUGUUAAAUGGUACCAACGCUCUCAGGUUAGCAAACAGAUAGGAUGUAUGGUAGAGAUAAGUCCAUCUGAGGCACGCAUCGAAAAAUUCUUUUUACGAAUACUCCCGAAGAGAAUUAGAGGAGCUACGUCCUUUGGCGAUCUGUUAACAACAGAAGAUGGUUCCAGAUGUGAGACUUUUAGAGCAGCUUGCCAAAAACGAAAUUGGCUGAUACAAAAUGACAGCGAAUAUGAAAAGUGUCUGAGGGAAGCGGAACUUCAUCACCAUCCAAGAAAGUUCCGCAAAUUAUUCAGUUUGAUUUGUUCAAUAGCCAUAGAAGAUGAAUUAGCACAAUUAAAAAAAUUGUGGCUUCUCUUCAGGAAAUCCUUGAUGGCAGACUUCAAACAUAAUGGAAUGAGUACUCCUGACGCUGAAAGUGCAUGUUUAAAAGAGCUGAACAAAAUAAUAUCACGAAGUCGACCAAGUAUUUCGUUAGCUGAUCUGGGAAUAGUUCGCCUUUCUGAAGACAAUCACGAAUCCAGCGAUACCGAUGAACGAACUGAAGAGCCAACAACAUCUUCAAGAGAAGAGGAGUAUUCACGGGAGAUUUAUAAAAUUUCUGCAUUAAAUAAGGACCAAAAAGUGGUGUUCCUGAGGGUAUUGAAGGCCUGUGCGAGAAAAUCCAAAUUUUUAAUACCUCUGGAGAUUUAUGAAGAACUAGGCGAUUAUGUCAGUGCCGAACAAAUAGCAGAGCGAACGAACGAGAACGUUUUUUACCUGGACGGUCCUGGCGGAACAGGCAAGACUUUUUUAUAUAAUACUCUAAUUACAGUCCUCAAUGAUGUUUUAGGUAAAAGUACAGCAGCAGUUGCAUGGACAGGAAUUGCGGCCAAUAUUUUGAAAGGAGGUACAACUGUUCACAGGACCUUUAGAUUACCUCCCACUCUUUCCGAUGAAACAAGUUGUGGUUAUGACUUGCAAUCCUCUCAGUCGAUUUUUUUCAGAGACAAGGUCGCUUUGAAUCUGGGAUGA